AUGCACACUCCAAUGUACUAUUUCCUUUGCCAUUUAUCCUUUCUGGAUUUAUUCUAUUCUUCAAACUCCAUCCCCAAAAUGUUACUGGACAUGAUUUCCACUAGUGGAGGAAGGAUUUCCUUCUUUGGGUGUAUGAUUCAGAUGUAUACAGGACUAUAUCUGGGAGAAAACGAAUGUAUCCUGCUUGCUGUAAUGGCGUAUGAUCGCUACAUUGCAAUUUGCUUCCCGUUGCGUUAUACAGUCAUUAUGAGCUGGAAGUUGUGUAAAAAUAUCAUUGUUGUUACCUGGGUGGGAACACUUCUGCUGACAAGUCUCCCUGCAAUUUCAAGUCACCAUACAUUUUGCGGAGGAAACAAAAUUAACCAUUUUGCUUGUGAAGUCUUAGCCCUUCUUAAACUGGUGUGUGAAAACACUUCCUUUGAUGAAAGCAUGAUAUUCAUUGGAGGUUUAUUUACAUUAUCAGUUCCUUUUGCAUUCAUUUUAGUUUCUUAUGUGUGUAUUAUUGUAGCAAUAUUGAAGAUCCAUUCCGUGGGUGGAAGGAAGAAGGCCUUUUCCACAUGUGGCUCCCAUCUGACCGUAGUAUUAAUGUUCUAUGGGACCAGUAUGGCCAUGUACAUGGGACCAAUAAAGAAUAUUUUAGAAAAGCAAAAGUUUGUUUCUAUUAUUUAUGGUAUUGUUACUCCCAUGUUAAAUCCUUUGAUCUACAGUUUUAAAAAUCAAGAAGUGAAAAAAGGGGUAAGGAGAAUAUUGAUUACAAAUAUUCAGGUCUCACUGAUACAAAAAAUAAGGGUAUAG